UAGAAUUGAGCUUGGAGACUUCACCGGGCCUUCAAAGUAACGAAAGCAAGUCCGACGAAGAAAACACCAGGAGGAGGACGGCGACGGCGACGGCGUUCAUUCGUUCGUUCGAGUCAUCAGAUAUCCAACACAAACUCGUCUUAUCAAAAUCUAAUCUUGCAGAAUUUCCAUUAGUAUACUUCAGAAUCUGGAUUUAAAAUGGAAUCAUCAUCUUCAGUGAUAACUCCGGAAGAUGUAUUGGAGUCGUUGAUGAAUGAUGGCACAAUUGACACUAUGAGAUUGAAAAUUAUUAAUCAGCUGAAAGCGAAUGAAGAGCUGAAGAGUACCACUAUAAAAAUGGUAGAACAGAGUAAGGUUCUCAACACGCCGGGGGCAGAGAAACAAACUAAAAGGGAACUGUUUGAUGCUCUUCGCCAAGAACUUGAAAUCCCUGUGCUUGAGAAGGCCUCUAAAUCAGUUUGGGAGUUGAUUUUAGACAACAAUGGACUGGGGAGGGAAAUAAAUGAAACGGUUGAAAAAGUAUUUUGUCGUUUAAGUGGUCGAGAACCUCCAUUGUUUCCUUCCAAUGGUGAAUUUCAAUCAGAAAAAGGGAAAGAGAAAGAGGUUGAAGAAGGCAAAGGAAAAGAAAAGGAAAUUCAAAGUGAAAAGGACAAUUUGGACUCUACAUCCAAGAAAAGGAAGUUGGCGGAGACAUCGAAGGUGAAAGACACUGCAGAUGAUGUUGCAAACUGAUCUACAACAGUUCUUCCAGUCCUCAAAUAUAAGAGCCUGAGUGGCUGCUGCAUGCAAACCUGGAGUUGGUGGUGGGUGGUACUGUGACGAUCUUUUAACGCUUAUUUGCAAGAGUAGCAACUUGUUUUUCUCCAGGCGAUGGGAUAUUUAGUGUGUCGGCACUCGGGACGGGGCGAGUUAAGUUUUCUGACUUUAAACUUUUACGAAACUGUUGAAAUGAGUAGAGUUUUCAAGUUUUACAAUUUAUGAAACUGUUGAAAUGAGUAGUUUGUGAUUAGGCAAAAGUAGUCAUUAGAAUCAAACCCUGAUUUUUUUUAAAUUGUUUCACUUUCAAGCAUUAUGACUUGAUCAUUUACUAGUAGACUUCUCUCGGUGCUUUCGUCUACCCAUGGUUUUGUAACUUUGUUUCAUUUUGGAUUUCUAUCCACGCAAUGCCUGAUGCAGUUUUUGUAAUAUCAUAUUUGAUUUUACUUAUCUUUUUAAUAUC